AUGGUUAUGGAAAAUAGACACUUUUGGUUUUGUCUAAAAUCUCUGGUAAUUUAGUUACAAAGAUUUCCUAAUUGGAUUUUUUUUCAAAGCAAUAUUUUCGAAAAGAAGAGCCUUAAAUAGGAUUAUAAUUGGAAAAUUUCAAAUAUUUAGGAAAAUUCAAUUUCAUACAAGAUAAAUAAAUUAACUUAUUCAAAUAAUUAAGUUAAGGCUGAUAAAUAACAAAUUGUUGCAAUGGAGUUUUAAAAUCAAUUUCGAUGUUGA